CUCGGCCCCGGGACUGGCCUCAGCGGCCCCGGGGCCGCGGCAGGAGCGGCCGGCAGCGGCUGACGUGCGAACUCCCGGCCGCGGUACCGUCGGAGCCCGCGGGUUCCGGCUCUGUCUCUACCUGGUGGGCUUCUUGCUUUUGUUUAGGAAGGAAGAUAAAAUGACCCUUUAGGAUCUUGUUGGCUGCAUUUUAAGAUGGCACUCAGACCUAUGAUUUCAAUCUCUUCUUUGCUCCAAAUACCUGGUAUUACCUUGUAAAACUGUACCAGAUUAUUCACCUUCCUUAACUCCAAGAGGAAAUUCAUGCUCAGCAGGAUCUGUUUGGUGUGAGCAUGGUUGUGCCUUUACUGAGCCUUCAUGUCAAGUCUCUGGGAGCAAGCCCAACAAUAGCUGGAAUCAUAGGUUCCUCUUACGGCAUUUUGCAGCUCUUUUCUAGCACACUGGUGGGCUGCUGGAGCGAUGUGGUGGGAAGGCGGUCUUCCUUGCUGGCGUGCAUUCUGCUCAGCGCCCUGGGUUAUCUUAUUCUUGGAGCAUCUACCAGUGUGUUCCUGUUUGCCCUUGCUAGAGUCCCCGUGGGCAUUUUUAAACACACACAGACCAUCUCGAGGGCUCUGCUGUCUGAUCUGGUUUCUGAGAAGGAACGGCCACUAGUGAUGGGAAAGCUCAACACGGCAUCUGGUGUGGGCUUCAUCCUGGGCCCCAUCGUUGGCGGAUAUCUUACGGAGCUAGACGGCGGGUUUUAUCUCACAGCCUUCAUCUGUUCUUCUGUCUUCAUUCUCAAUGCUGGGCUUGUUUGGCUCUUUCCAUGGAGUGAAGUACAGCUCACCCCCGCAAACAGCGGCCAGCAGCUGGGUAAGAACUCUGCGCUUUUGGGAAAGACCAACUGUGAACUGCAGGAAGCAGCAGCCACGUGGGAGAGGGCGGCGAGCGUGAAGACCACUAGGCCGCCCUGGAUGGAAGUCCUGUUGAUGCUGCAGGACAUGAAGAGCCUGGUAUUUUCUGCAAUGUGGGACCUAUUUCUCGUGCGCUUGCUCAUGGCCGUGGCUGUCAUGCUGUACUACAGUAACUUUGUCCUUGCCCUGGAGGAGCGCUUUGGGGUGCGGCCCAAGAUGACAGGCUACCUCAUCAGUUACAGCAGCGCCCUGGGGGCCCUGGCUGGAUUUGCCCUGGGGCCCAUCAUGCGACUGUACAAGCAUGACACCCACGCCAUCCUGCUGCACUCCAGUGUGCUCACCUGCCUGCUUCUGCUGCUCUAUGCCACGGCGCACACCAUGGCUGCUGUCAUCCUUUCUGCCACCCUCCUGACCUUCUCCACUGCGGUGGGCAGGACCUGCAUCACAGACCUCCAGCUGACCGUGGGCGGUGCCCAGGCCAGUGGCACUCUCAUCGGCGUGGGGCAGUCUGUGACAGCGGUGGGCAGGAUCAUUGCCCCCCUCCUCUCAGGGGUCGCCCAGGAGUUUAGCCCUUGUGGCCCCCCAAGUUUGGGGGUUGCCUUAGCCUUAGGGGCUAUUUUCAUAAUGUUGCUACACAGACCUCGCUAUGGUGGUGAUGGGACUGACAAAAUAAAAAGCGAGUAGAAUCAAUUUGGACAACAUGGGGAAACACAAUGAAGGGGUGUGAAUGACGGGCCACGGCUAGAAUGAAAAGGUGCCCUGAAGGGGCGGGUGGCAUAGUAAAAUGACUUCCUUCCUAAUGGGUGUGCUUCACUGGCAGCUGUCCAGGCCAGGCCUGCAGCAUGGUCCAAAGUCAGAGUGGCCCAGGGAAGGUUAAGAUCGGGCAAAGUCUUGUCACAGGGGAAGGUGGUGUUCAUUUACCUAAAAGUCUCCUCUUCCCGUCUGGGCCAGUGGGGUUAAAACUUUCAAGGGGAAACCGUAGCCAGCUGCAGGAUGGGAAACAGUGGUGGGUUGAAGAAGAGAAGCAACCAUAGGAUUUCCAGAGUGACCCAUUAAUAAAACACCAAUCAGUUGGGACCAGUUUGCAUGUCAAAUUGCAUAUGUGAAGAGGGGGCUUUUACGCUGUCAAAUCCUAGAGACUGAAGAAGUUGCUCUGCUAAAACUAGCCUGUGACUUUUCUCAAGUUACAACAAGGCCAUGAGUGCUGGUUCCACUUGGGGACCUGGGUAGCAAUCAGAUUCCUGGCUUCCCCCUGACUCCCCGGGCUAAGGUAAGAUCCAGAUCAUGCUGUGUUUAGUAAAAAAUACCUAUAAUUUCUCACAGAGGUAGAAAAGGAUCAUUCUGAGACAGACUCGUUUUGAUUAACAUGAAAGCCAGAAACUGGUCAUUUUUAUUAAUAGCUAAGUUUGGACUAUUAACAUUGUAUAAUCACAGCAUGUGGCGUUCUCCCAGCUCUAAGUAUGGCUCGCGAUUCAGCCUUAGUACAGGGAACAUAAGAUACUUGGUGUUUAUUUGGAUCCCCAGAAGACUCAACUCUUCCAGGGCAGGUUUUAGUAGGUUCAGGAGAGGAGGGAGUAGUAAGAUUUGGAGGGAAGUAGGAGGAUGGCAAGAGGAUCAGGUUGAGGAAGUGGGGGGCAGAGCAGAUGGAGGGGGGAGGGUGCACAGGACACCGAGGAAGAGGGCACCUGGGCCGGGGCAUGAGCACAAGGUGACGCUAGGUGUCUGUAGACAAAGGAAAUGGGGAGGGGAAGGAAGGCCUCAGAAUCCAAAUUUUCUUUUUCCUUUUGUAUUAAUCAUUUGUUAGCCUCAGUCUAAAAUUUUCAUUUGCAGAGAGACAAUUUUACAUUCUUGAUAAUGUUUGGAAGCUUCAGAAUACCAAUUAAAAUAUGCAUCCUAUUCAGUUUGGACAAUUUCAGAGCCAUGGCUGUCCAAUUCAGCUUUGAGAAAAGUAAGUUUGGGGAAAUGAAGAGUUCUCCUUAAUGGUCAUGCAUUUUCUAAAUCAAAUUUGGUUAAGUUGGUCCAUUUACUUAACUGUGUGUGAGGAGGGAGCAUAAAAUUUAAAUAUAAAACCAGCCUGGAACCCAGAAGGGGACAGGGGUGGCUGGGUGUGAACCUGGAAGCAUUUUGAUGACCAAAAUUCCAUUCCUUAGAGGUUUUUCUCUAGAGUGAAGAGAAAAAUUCCUAAACAGCAGAGUUUCAACAGGAACAGCAUGGCUCCAAAAGGAAUCAGGCUGAAGGCUCACACGGUUCCAAGGGAAACUUUCCAGUUCUGAAAAGGAAUCAGACCAAAGGCUAGCACAGUUCCAAGAGGCACAGGUUCACAGGAACAGUCUGGUUCCAAGAAGGAUUCAGACCGAAGGCCGGAUGAAUACUCACAGAAAGGACGAGGCCCCUCCCAAAUGAAACCUGGAGAGCUCAGAAACACAAAGACAGCAGAGCUUGUGAUCCAGGAGAAAACAAACCCUGAAACUCCGGGGUCGGCAAGCAAGCAGUAAGCCCAGUGGACUCUCUGGCUACGAGCAUCUGUUCACUCGGCAGCCUCGGGCUGCUGGUUUUCUCUGGAUGCCACUUCAGGCCAGAUUCCUGGGGGCCACUGCCUCUGGGGCCACACACCCUGCAGAGCUCAGGCUGUCAGUCUAACCAAAUAUGCCUGGAUUUCAGGUAUGAUGUUCUCCCAGAAGCCAGUGCUUGUUGUGCUGCAUGGGUCAGGAGUGGGUAGGAGCCGGGGGAGAGCCCAAAGCAUGGAGGUUCUUUAAGGUGCAAGAGUCAGGUAUCAUGCCCCCUCAGAGGGACUCAGUUCUACAGGGUUGUAUGUUGAAAAUCAUUCCCUUCAAUCAAGUAAAUACCAAGGUUUUAUGCAAUGAAGCACAAUUUUGGAAUUUUUCCAAAGGCCAUUUUUCGCUCUUAGAAGUUUCUUAGAAGCUCUUAAAUAUAGCCAUGCUUUCAUUUUUUUAAAUCCUAGCACUUUAUUUUUGAACUUAAAGCCUACAAGCUUAAUAAGACCUUAAAGUUAAUCAGUACAUGGAAAUACUGGAAACCAAAGAUUGAUGUCUGUAUAGAGAGCAGGGUAACAUCUCUGUUAUUCUCCACUAGAGAUUUUAAUAUUUUGUUCAUAUUAUAUUUGUAGAUAAAUCUGUUCUUAGAGUCCCUUUCAAAUACUGAAAGCAUUGCUGUUCCAAGUGCGUUCCCAGGACCAGCCACCCCAGCUUCCCCUGGAGCCUGUGAGACAGGCACUCAGGCCCACAGACCUACUGCGGACCGCUUUCACAAGAUACCCUGCUGCUCUGUGUAUGCAGUAAAGCUUGAGAGCCACUUUGUCUAAUGGACAGACAGUACAUGUAUAGCGUAGGAAAUAUGAUCUCAGGGAAAUUAAAUCAGCGCAAUUACA